AUGUUCUCGAAAGGAUUUUCUACAAUUGGAUUUGCCUGCCUAAUUUUGGCAACUUCCGCCCAGAUUCAAGAUAAUGAUGAGAAAAGAAGUGGCGCUCGAUCGUUCCAAUUUGAGAAACGUGGAGGAGCUCGCGGUUUUAUUCCUGCAGAAUACGAGGAGAAGAGAGGAGGAGCUCGUGGGUUUAAUCCGGUAAAUUACGAUGAGAAACGAGGAGGAGCUCGUGGAUUUAUUCCUAUAAAUGUCGAGGAGAAGAGAGGAGGAGCUCGCGGAUUUAUUCCUAUAAAUGUCGAGGAGAAGAGAGGAGGAGCUCGCGGAUUUUUGUCGUUAACAAAUGAAGAAAAACGAGGUGGCGGACACGAAUUCGUACCAUUUAAUACACAAAUCAAUGAAGACAUGUCAUCGAGUGGAUUAUUUGGCGAAAAACGAGGCGGCGCUCGUUUCCUUCAUGGCAACACGCGCGAUGAGGACUGGGUUAUUAAGCCGAUUUCGGAUUUUGAGGGAUAUCGUCUUGGUUUGUACUAA